AUGGAGGAACCAAGGGAGCCUUAUUCCCCAACAAACCUGCGACCAGUUGAGCCAGUGCCAAUGGUCACCAUGAAGACCUUCCUGGGUGUGAUCAGUCUCUUUGUUAUCGCUCAACUUGUGGGGACUGUCUUUUAUAUUUUGCACCUUCACAUGAAGUUAGACAAGAUGGGCAGUGAAAUGACUUUGCAUGAAGAUUUCAUGUUCCUGAAGCGAGUACAGAACUGUCGGAAACCACAGGAGGACGAUACCACCUUUCUAGAUUGUGCUAAGAUUUCAGACACCUUCCGAGAUCUGCUGGAUUUGCCCAAAAAGGUUCCAGAUCAGAGGAAGCCGGCUAUGCAAACAGGUGACAAAAAGCCAUCUGCAAGCAUUCACUUGGCAGGCAUGAACACCAGGAGCAAAGUUCUGCAGUGGAAGAAUGCAGUCUAUGCUCCAAAGGAUGAUGUGUUUUCCAACUUGGAUGGAAAGAUCAAAAUUGGCAAAGGAGGGCGGUAUUACAUUUACUCCCAAGUCGCCUUUUGCAGCAAGCCAGAGCUGCGUGCCCCAUUCAACGUUUAUGUCUAUCUGAACCUACCGUCGGAAUCAGAUCAAUUGCUACUGAAGGGAGUGGGAACUUACAGCAGUUCAGAGGACCUGUGUGGCUUGCAGUCCAUUUAUGUUGGGAGGGCCGUGGAGCUCCAGUUGGGCCACACUGUCUUUGUGAAUGUAACGGACUACUCAAGAGUGAAUUAUGACCAUGGGAACACCUACUUUGGCAUCAUUCAGCUCUCUUAGAACAGGCGCUUAGUUCUGUUGACCAA